UGCCCGAUGGAAAACCAUGUGUUGAAACGUCACACUCAUCCAAAAUAAAAACAUUGGCGUGCGGCAAAACUCGGCAGAAUGGCUAAAACUCCGCGUUUCCGUGCAAAGAGACACCCCAAGCGACCCGUGCAGAAAGUGAAAACUGUGCCAAGUCCCCCAUCGUCAAAUUUGGACGUGAAAAUUCAAUUGGUGGAGCAGGAGAUCAAGUUUGCCAAGGCUCUUGCCGGCCACGAGCCGAGAAUCCAAGCAAAAGUGCUAAAGAACCUUAAGAAAUGGCUCACACUGCGUUCGCAGAGUUCCUUCCCUUUCAACAAUCAGGACUUUUUGAGGUUAUGGAAGGCGCUCUUCUAUGCAAUGUGGAUGUCCGACAAGCCUCUGGUUCAGGAACAACUGGCUGAGGACAUUGGCGCCCUGUUGCAUUGCUUCCCCACACCACAGGUCAGCAUGCAGUUCUACAGCGUAUUUCUGCAAACGAUGAACAGAGAAUGGUAUGGAAUUGAUCAGUGGCGCAUCGACAAAUUCAUGAUGCUCAUCAGAAGAGUUACACGACAGUGUCUGGUAGUGUUGAGAGACAACAAUUGGCGCCUGGAUUUGAUAAAGCAGUUCCGGAAGAGCUUCAAAAGUCACAUUUUUGGUGAGAUGCGCAUCUCUGUGGGAUUAUCCAUGCACUUUCUGGAUUUAUAUCUCGAAGAGGUGGCCAAGGUGUCCGGAGGAAGUAUCAAGAGAGCCACAGUGACAAGUCUCAUUCGUCCCUUUGUCACCAUCCUGGCAAGAAUCAAUGACACUCGCAUUACUGUCGCUGUGGUGAAGAAUAUUUUCCACAAUCUUCUCUAUCAGAGCGAUUUGGGGCGUCAGUAUCGCGAGAAGUUUGAGGUGUGGAAGAGUUUUGGUUUCCCCACAGCUUCCAUUGAUGAUCUUGAGAUGGUGGAAGAGGCGAAUGAUGCUGAAAGCGAAGAGUCCAACGAUGAGGCGAAUGAAGAGGAGGCGCCAAGUGAGAAAACGGCCCUCGAUCCUCGCGCUGGGCGAGUGAAUGUUGUGCUUCCGGAGAUGAAAUUCAAUCCAAGAGCCAUUCUGAAGGUGUUGGAGAAGGCUUUGUAUGAUCCUGAGACAAAAUCCAAGCCUCGGAAGCGGCUAAAGUCUGUAAUUUCACAAUAUGAAAAAUUCGCAGAAGGUGUCUUUCCACUGGGCAUUCAGCGAAUGCCUGUGCUUCGCGACGAGGCGGGCAAGUUGCCGACGAUUGAGGAGAAGGUUGUGGAAUUGGAGGAGUUUGAGAAGAGCUUGACAUCAUCAACGAAACUCCUGAAGUCCUUGACAAAGUCCGAGAGAAAGCGCUUCAUGAGGAGUGGCAAGAAGAUUGAGGAAUUCGUUCAGGAGUUGAAUAAGACCAAGGCGAAGGUUAAUGGCGUGGCUGCUGAAGUCACCAACGGACUGAAUGGAAGGGCGUCAGAGGUGAAAAAGGCCCCGCCGAAGAAGCGAAAGGUGCCCAUGUUCAAGGAGGAGCCUCUGGAUCCGUGGACAGAGCCUCUGGAAGAGGGUGAGCAGGAGUACUUUGUACCUUCGAUGAAGAAGCGCCUGGAGAAAGCCAACAGGAAGUCCGACGAAGAGAAGACAGUUAUCAAUCCGUUUGCUGUGAAAGCAAAGAAGCUGAAAGUCGCACCGGAGAGUUCGAGUGUGAAGAAAAAAGUGAGAAUUGCUCUGGAGAAGAAUACAUUUCAGGACACGCAUCAGUACUUGAAGCAGGUGCGAAGCUCUCCGCAGAUUCCGUAUGAUUCCAGCCGGAAGCCAGCCAAGAGUCUGCUGAAGCCGAACUUGAUUCCCGGACCGCUGAAUCCGUUUUAUAUGAAGAAAAUGAAAGCCAAGAAACUCAAUUUCACAUCUUAGAGAAAUUUCACAUUGACUAGGGAAAAAGACCUCUAACAAAAGUUGUUGUAUUGAUGGAAAUAAAAUAUUCUUUUGAAUAUUUAUAAGAAAACAUCUAUAUUUGGAAUAUACAAGGAUUACUUAAAAGAAAACUUGCAAAAGAUUUUUGUGCUGCUGGAGAAAAACCGUUGGAAAUAUUGUAGAAACAGAGAAAUAAAGGAGAUGAAAAUGGAAGAAUAUGUACAAAAGUGGCUGAUUUCCUCAUUCUCUUUGGAAGUUUCUCGUGGAGUUGAAAAAUUAUACAUAAAAUAAAUAAAUUGUGGAUAAUUUCAUAGGAGAAUUGUUUUUAUGCAGCAAAACAAUCACUAUCUUUGACAUGUCAGCUUAAUGUUUUAUUAACAUACAAGAAGCCAGAUGCUGUUUUUUUUCCUUUAAAUUUCUCAUUCAGUGACUAUAAACACUGUGUUUGCCAAUAAGUUUGAGUAUUAAUUCACGUUUUAGACAGUUUCUUCUCUGCUCACAUCAUUCUGAGUAAAAUCCUUCAUUAGACUCUAUGAAAACACUUAAUCGGCAGUGGUUUUAGCUGUACUGACGCUUCGCCUUUGUCGCCACUUCAAGAUUCUCUAAAGUUUUACAACGAAAAAGAUCCUUUUCGGCCAAUUUUCAUUUGUACAAUUUUCGGGAAAAGUUUCUUUUUGCUCAAAAAAAAAUCAUGACAUUUUACCAAUUGGAUAAUUUUUAAUUUUUCUCUAAUUCUCUUUGUCUUAACUUCAUCGACACUCUAUUUACACAUCAAAGUACAACCACUUCUCCGAUUGAGGUGUUUUUUUUUCCUAACACUUUGUAUCUUUUAGACAAUUUUUCAUUUUUUUUUUUCGAGUUCUCAGGAUACAUUUACCAUGCAUUUUAGAAAGGUUUUUCAAUGUUUUAUCAUGUCUCUUUGUGAAGAUUCUUCAAAGUCAUCGAAAUAAUCUUUUUUUUUUCCUUUUUAUGAUAAUAAUUGUUUAAAUUUAUACAGUACAUGCAGGUUUCUCAACCUAUAAUAUAAAUAUGUUCUAAAAUUGAUAGUAAAUACUUUCUAAGUUCUUUUUUUCCAUCAAUUUUCAAUGCCAUUUGCAAUGAUUUGCGCUUUUUUUUCUCUUAAUAUUCAGCAGACACAAUAUUCCAUUAUGCUGUAUAUUCAUCAUAGUUUUUUUUCUGCUUACAUACAAUACAUAAUAAUAUAUAAUGUGGUGUAUAUGAAGCAACAUUUUUCAAUUUAUCGGUAUAGAUUUUUCCUUUUUUCUUUUAAUUUGUGUGUAUUUUCUUUAAAUGUCUUUGUGUGGGAUUUUUUUGCAACAAAAACGCGGCUUUGAUGAAAUUUUCGCAGUGUUUCUCUUUGUCUAUAAGUUUUUUUUUUAUUCACAAAUUAAGCUCUCAUCAUUCGGCUUCGAGCAUUGUUAAUAUCUCAAAUAGUUUAAUGUUAUACCUUUUAAUAUAUAGUAAUAAUAUUCUUUAUACAAGUGCCAUGUUUGCAUCAUUUCUCACGAUGCUUACUUUUUCCACUCUUCCUCUAUAACAAACUUUAAAUAUUGUUUAUAAUAAUAGCUUCUCUUUUUCAUCUCUUUUCCUUUGUUUCUCAAACAUGAAUCAAUAUAUAUUAUGUAUAAGUUUAUGUUGAUGAUUGUGGGAUGAUUUUGUGUCUUAUUGUGUGUUAAUGUGUGUUCAUCUCUAAGUUUAUAAAAUUAUCCUUCCGUUAUAUAUACACACACACUAUCUUAAAUUGAAAUGCUUUCUAGCUGAAGGUUGAGAUUCAUAUUGUGAAAUAAGGACUUUGGCUUAAAAAAGUUCUUAUGUAAAACACUCUCUUCACUUUGUUCUUCCAUUUCUACGGCUUCUGUGGUCCGUGAAGAUUGUUUCUUGUUCUCGUUUAGACACUAAAUAUUUGAUUUCUUUGCAUUUAGAUAGACUUUUAUAGUGGUUUUAAGCGACGGUUAGAAAAAUUAUACCCUUUAUUUUCACAAUAUUUAGCAAAUAUCUGUGAAUAUUUUAUCUAGUAUUUACGUUGAAAAAGCUAGAAUGAAAUUAGUUUAAUUCAUUGAUAAAACGAACACAUUGGAAAGACAAUUUUGAUUUCAAAUUAUAGGUAUGUUUUUUUUUACUUGAUAUGCUGAGUCUUUCUUAAAUACUUUUGUGGUAUUUUUGUUUAUAUCUGCUUAAGUUUCGGAGUGAAAACCAAAAGCUUCAAAAGCAUCUUCACUGUCAAAUUCAACUCUCGAUUUUUCUCCGCUCUAAAGUACAUUUUUUCUAGAUUGGCUCUUGGUUUUCCGGAUGACCAUCAGUGAAGAACACGUUAUGCAUUGAACACCUUUGAGUAUUUUCAUUUUAAAAUAUUCUUUUCUCCUUAUCUAUACAUUAAUCUUAAGAGUAAAUGUUGCAUCUUCGUGCAAGUUUAUUAGAAUAGAUACUUUUCAUUCAUCUUUAAGAGUGGUUAUGAGAUUUUUUUUCUCCUCCUCGCUCGCCUCCUUGUGAGGUUAAAUUGUAAAUAAGUUUUAAAACACAAUAUUUCCUUGUGUGUCGUCCUGAAGAGAAAUUAUACAAUGUUUUCACGCUAUUAAAGCUACAGUAUAUCGUA